AUGUAAAAUUCAUAAAAAUAAUAAGAAUCUCAUGAUUGCAAUGAUUGUUGGUCUGCUCUUUUAUGUGGUUUAGUGGAAAUAUUAAUUAAAACAAACCAUUAAAAUUAGAUAAAAUUACUAUUACCACUAACUAAUUAAUUUGCUCCAAUUAGAAUUCACAAGACUUAAGAAUUGUUAAAUCAAAUGAUUCGAAAUCCAAAUUUAGCUCUUUUUUACACAUUAGUAAAUUAAGAAGAAUCAUCAUAAAUAAUGAAGAUGCAUAUAUUUGCUUAACAUAAAAUAAUAGCUCCUUAAAUAUGCAAUAAAGACAUUCUCUAGAAAUUAGGUUAGACUUUCAAAGUGGAUAUUAUAUUUUUGACAUACAAUACUUCAAUUUCACUUUCGAACAGUGAGAAUCUUCCAUUAGUGUUAAAAAUAGUAUAAUUUUAAAGCCAUUAUACAGUAGAAGUUUAAGAAAAGUAAAGGAGUCGAUCUAAUUCAUUAUAACAUGAUUUUAUUUUAGAAAUGAAGUAAGAAUGUAAUGGUUGUUUGAGAUCUUUUGAUUAAGUUGAAUUAAAUAAAUCAAUAGCAUGUAAUCACACAUAUUGUAAAUAAUGUUUGAAGUUGUAUUUUAAAUUGGGACAGUAUUUCAUUUGUCGAGAUUUCUAUUGUAAAUUAGAACUUAGUAAAGAGGAUUUCCCAUUUCUUUAAUUAUCACCUCUUAUAGAUCUAUCAACUUAAGUUAAUAAAUGUCUCUAAUGUAAAUAAUAAUAAGGUAAACUGUAUACAAAUAAAUGUGGACAUACACAUUGUGAAAAAUGCAUUUAGGAUUCUUUAAAUAAAUCCAAAUAUUUUUAAACUCACUUUUGUUUAGAACCUUCAUGCACAGAAAUCAUGAAUAAUGAAUUAAUGAAGAGCAACAAUAAAGAGAUUGAUGUAAAUUAAUUGUUGGAAAGGAGUAAUUCAAUCAAAUAGAAAGCAUCCGAUUUUUGUGAUUUUUGUAAUUAAAUAUAAGAAUAAGGAGUAAAGAGUAAGUGUGGACAUUAUUAUUGUAAAUCUUGUCUAUAAUCUAGAUAUCAGUCUAUAAAAACAUAUGGAUUAAAUAAACUCGUUGAAUGUCCUAAAUGCAAUUUAAAAUUCAACAUAGACACAACCUUGGAGGAAUAUUAUCUAUAGUUAUAAUAGUUAUCAACUCCUAGAUUAAAUAAGAUGAGAUCAAUAUCUUAGUAAUAACCGGAAGUUUAGGUAUCUCCAUCUUUAGGGUAGAUAUUAUAUCCAUAAAAAGAAAGUAGUAAUAGACUGAAGACUAAUGAAGAUGAUUUAUAGAAUUCAUAAUUAAAGAGAAAAAAUAGUAUUGAUUUGAGGAAUAUAUAUAAUGGAGGAUCAACUCCUAGAAGAAUAAUUCCUUAGAUAUCAACUAAUAGUAGAGGUAAUUACCCAUAGAGUUAACAAUCGUUAUAAUUCUAAAGAAGUCCAUAAUUCUUUUGA